CCUUUCAUCCGUGGAUACAUUAACCAUCCGAUUGCUUUCCGACCGUCCACACUUCAACCACAUGCUCUAAUAAUAUCCGAUCCGGGUGCGGGGCCAGAACGUAUAUCUUUACCUUCUUCGACCCCCCUCGACGACCUAUAUCGCUCUCGCUGUCCCUGCCACGCUCGAUUUGAGGACGAAGCCAGCGCGAGACAGGCUUCCGACCCGAAUUGUCUUCGUACUAUCCAACAUGGCGAUGGGCGGACGGACACGGGGAUUCUGUGUACUGUUAAGGAACCUGGUCCUCGCUGGACUGUUGUACUCGACACUACUCGGGAUCAUAUACGUCGCAGAGCAACCGAGGACCGUGACGACGAAGCUAGCGAUUCCGGCUCUGGUGGAAGGGCAGCGGCCGACGGGAGUCCUCAAGCUGGAAGAAGAGAAGGUGAAGGUUCAGCUAUCUUCACAGCCAACGCCCAUCACCUUUAAUCCUCAUGCGAACCUUUUCAAUCGCCCGAAGACCGCGGUCAAGCCGAACGAUGCCUUCUGGGGACCACGACCCGAUUUCGAUACCGAAGCAGACUUGGAUCUCCUCGUCGAAGCGUGCAGAGGGACAUAUACAGGACUGGAGAAGAUGAGGAACGUGUUCGACUGCUUGCACUUCCUGGCCGAGGAGCAGGAUCAGUAUUACACACUCCCAGCACCAUCGACGCGCGCAAGUGCUCAGGAUCCUCGAAAGGCCGAAUACCUCAAUGCUGAUGGCCACAACAACACGCUCAAGGCGUAUCCGGACCCAUCGUCGGUAACCAAAUCGACCAACGAGACCCUUGGCGAGUGUCCCGGUCCUAUCAUACCUUACCACGUCUACUGGACAGGUCCAGCCACAUGGCGUGUGGAAGUUUUUAUCAAAUCCUAUCUGUACACCCAGAAUCUCCCCUGCUCGCGGUUGUGGAUAUGGAUUGACGCGGAUCGGAAUCCGAACGGGGUCGAGAAGAUGUUGACGCAGGAUCCUCUGUUCUCAAAGUUCCUCCCCUUUGUCGAGCGCGGCGACAUCUCCCUGCAUGCGUGGAAUUUCCCUACCCGGAUCCCUCUCCCCCAACUUGACCAGAUCAAGGACGGUGUUCAGUACUACAAAUCUCCGGGGAAACCAAAUGCCAAAGGCGAGAUCGUGGUUGCCGACGGUAUCAUCGAGGACGCCGCUGGCCAGCAAUGGUUGGUCCUCACCGCGAAGCAAAUGACGUUCCUUCCGCAAGCCAUCUCCGAUGCGGUAAGAUUCGUUAUUCUACAUAAUCACGGCGGACUAUAUCUCGACAUGGAUGUUCUCAUCCUCCGCGACAUGCGUCCUCUCCUCCUACCAAAACAACACGAUUUUGCCGAGCGCUGGGCCGCCCACAGCCAUCCUGGCGAUUUCAAUACCGCAAUCCUCUCCCUCACCGCGAAUUCCAGCCUGAGCAGUUAUUUGUUGUACGGCGGAGUGCGCAUGGGGUUGAACUUCCACCCAAGAGUGAUUGGGAGGAUGGCAUGGAAAGAUGGCCGGGAUCAGGAACUGAAGAUGAUGGAAACCGCCGCGUUCGACCCGAUUUGGACCGAAUUCAAUUGGGACCGCGAGGGACGGUGCACGAUUCCUUGUGUCAAAGAUUACGGCGCCGUCUUCAAAGGAAAAGACGACGCCAUCAAGGAUGAGUGGGAGAGCUAUGACGGGUCUGAGUUGGAGCGCAUCGAAUUCCCGACCGCACAUUUUCCGGAAUUGAAUAAUCGGAGCCAUCUCGACAAUUCGACCGAGGUUAAUGAAGAGCAUGAAGAAACCGUGGAGCAGCGAAAUGGGGCGCCAGCACUUGAGCGGACAACUGAUGUGAACAAUGGCAGUGCCAGUGCACCGAUUGCCAUGCACGAUUGGUUCAGCAUAACUCCGGCCGAAGAAUCAGCACUCAGAGCCAGCGGUGCUAUCGCCGACUACCGGGUUGAACAAGACAAAUUUCCGCCAAAUAACCGAACGUUGGAGAACUUUUUCAAGGGGGCUUGGACGUAUCAUGUUCAUAAUCAGUGGAUGAAGCAUCCUGAACCGUCCUCUUGGAUUUCGAUCCUUCAAGAUGCUCACAACGACUUCUUCGACGGCUCGAGAACGAACUCCUACGGCGAGAAAUGGACCGGACCAACGCUUUUGCCAUACUAUCUUUGGCCCGAAUUCGCAUGAUACCUCUUGUUUCUCAGGGACUCGAAACCCCCUUCUCACCAAGCCCUUCUCACUGCCUCCCGGAGUCAGAGUUCUGUCAAUAUGUCAGUCUCCUUGUAUCGGUAUACAUCACGGCCUGGGACCUAUCGACCACGGCCAACGGAGUAUUAUUAUUCAUACGGGACUUAUCGCAUCCGAUGGAUGCCACGAGCGUUUUCCAUGACCGCAUCAACUGGCGUUUCUAGCGACGGACCCACGGCGUUUUUCGGCACGAAAUUCGAUUUCCACAAUCUGGAGUUCUUUUAUGUACCCUUGCAUCUGGCAAGGGCGU